CAGGGCAAAGUUAAAGUCCAACAGUUAUGAUAUAAUCAAACGGCGACUCAGCUCCACAUGGCAGCUCGGUGAAGUUCUGGUUGCUCUCGCUAAGGGUCACCAUGGCCAGGCAGUGGUCUGAGGGCCACUCCUCAUCCAUCCUGUGUGUUGGAGCCUCCGUGGGCCCUGAGGGUCUCCUCGCUUCAGGCUCUGAGGGUGGAGAGGUGACCGUUUGGAGCCAAGAAGGGACCAUCCUAGGCAGACUCACCCUCCCCGGUGAAGAGGACAGCACCAGUGUUGUGUUUUCACCUGCAGUUCCAGGCCAGCUGUACGUGUCGCAUGGAGACACGGUGAGCGUACUCGACCCCAGGAACCUGAAGGGCCCCGUGGAGGAGUUCCAGGGCGCAGGGGAGGAGGAGAUCAAUGCUUUAGCACUGAACGAGACAGGUUCAGCCCUGGCGGUGGCCGAUGACUCUGGGGCUGUGCGGGUGCUGGAGCUUCCUGGGGGAAAAGUGUGUAGGACUCUUCGCAGACACACUAAUAUCUGCUCCUCUGUGGCUUUCAGGCCUCACAGACCCAACAACCUUGUGUCUGCUGGACUGGACAUGCAGGUGAUGCUGUGGGGUCUGCAGAAGACUCGCCCCCUUUGGACGCUGAACCUCCAGGAUGUAGCAGAGGAAGAAGACGACCACCAGCAGCGUCCUGGCCAGCUUUUCAACCCACCGCUGGCUCACUGUGUUUCUGUGGCGAGUUGUGGGAACGUUUUGGCUUGUGCAGCGGAGGACGGGCGUGUCCAUGUGAUGCGGAUCGGCAGCGGCUCUAAACUGGAGCAGCAGGGAGCCGUCAAAGCCCACAGUCAGGGAGCCUCACAAGCCCACUUUGUUAGUUUUCUCUCCCACCCGUACUGGCUUGUCACCGGGGGAAAUGAUGGCCAGGUCGCCCUGUGGGACCUUGGUACGCACCCAGUGGUGGCUCCUGAGGGCAAAGCCAAAACUAAAGCGACGGCUGCCCAACGCAGGAAGGGUAAGAGCAAGACAAAGAGGAAAGAACAAUCCCGAGACAAAGCAAAGACCCCAUCAAAGGCUGAAGCAGAGCAAGAAGCAGCUGAGGUGGAGGAUGACGCAGCAGCAGCUGCAGCAGCAGCAGCAGCAGAUGCAGAGGACGUGAUGGAGGACAAGUCUGGACCCAAACUGAGCAUCAGUCAUGGGGACAAGGUGAACUGGCUGUGUCCUGCUGUGCUGAAAGGAGAACAGUGUGUGGUAGUGGCAGAUCAGAGCUGCAGUCUGACUGUGUACCCUCUGUCUCACCUGUAGAGUGAUUCACUCGUUUUAUUUUUAGUUUGAAUGUUUUUUUGAAAUUCUUCUAAUAUAAUCCUGUGUUUGUUGCUGUUUGAUCUGGCAGCAUCCUUUUUUUUAUUUCUGGGGCCCUGGUAGCUCUUAAUUGGCUGAAUUAGGAGAGUGAGGGGUGUUUGUUGUCACUUCAGGUGAUGCAGGGGUCUGCAGAAACCCCACCCCCCACCCAUUUUGCUGAACUUUUAGCGUUAAGACGAACUUAUUCAGCUGCUGCAAGUAAUGAGCCUUGUCAGGUCAGAGUUUUGGAAACAUAGAGCAAUAAUGAGCCUUUAAAAGUGCAUGUUGACGGCAGCCAAGUUACCAAGGAUCCAAUUAGCUGGCUCUUCACUACUGUUAACCAUGGAGAUGUGUGGAAUAUCUCAGCUGUCUGUAAGAAUUAUUCAUCAAACCAAAAAUGCACCUUUUAGUCCCCAGUUUGUUCAACACUUCAUUAAGUAUACAUUUAAUAAUCAUUACCUGCAAUAAAUCAAUGAAUAAA